AUGUCGUCUCUCAUAGCUCAAUUCCCGAGUCUUUCAAGCAUAGUUAGUGGUGUUGCUCUUCAUCUCUUAGUCCUUCGGCACGGAGAGUGGGAUCAGAGCGCACCAGUCAUCGUUGCUUGGUACUUGGCCUUUGUGGCCGUCGGAUUAGUACUGCCUAGUGUGACGGAAUUCCAGGUGGGUGCUGGUCCAUUAUUCCAGUCUUUGAUAUGUCACAUUGCUGGUCUCUUCAGUAGCAUUUUCAUAUACCGGGUGUUUUUUCACCGGCUGCGAAAGUUUCCAGGGCCUAUCCUAGCCGGUAUCACGGCCUUCUAUGCGACUUACUUGUCAGCCAAGAAAUUUCACAAAUUCAAAGAGAUUGAGAACCUUCAUCAGCAGUAUGGUGAUUAUGUGCGCGUGGGACCUAGGGAGUUGUCCGUUGCAGACCCGCGAGCGGUACUGUCCAUCUACGGUCCUCCCUCGAAAACAACAAAAGGACCCUUCUACGAUGGGGUGCAGCCAUUUAUUUCACUACACUCUGAUAGGGAUAAGAAGCGACACGCUCGACGCCGAAGGACUUGGGACCAUGCAUUUAGCACAAGUGGUAAUUUCCCACCCUUUAAUCGUCGAGACUACGUUAACCUGUUGAUAAUAGCUCUUCGAGAUUACGAACACCGCGUAUCAAAAUACAGUUCGCAGUUGCUCUCAGCUGUGUCCGACCAAGUUGGCCAAGCAAUCGACAUGGGCCGCUGGUUUAAUUAUUAUAGCUUCGACAUUAUGGGAGACUUGACCUUUGGAAAAUCAUUUGAGAUGCUUGUUACUGGGCAAGAUUCUUAUAUGCUGUCUACGUUGCACAAUGACCUUCAGUCCCUUGGACCUUUUCUCCAUGUGAUGUGGUUUAUUCCUUUCUUCAAAAUGAUACCGGGAUUGAAUAACAGCUACACUGCAUUUUGGAAAUGGCUCUAUGAGCAGGUGGAUACUCGAAGCAAGAAUGAACCAGAUGAACCAGAUAUUUUUACUUGGCUCUUGAAAGAGUUCCGAACAGGAGAACAGACGGAAAAGGGCAAAUUGUUUCUACAUGGCGAUGCCGACCUGGCCGUCGUCGCUGGGAGUGACACAACGGCAGCAACACUGACAAAUCUGUUUUAUGAACUUGCGAGCUCGCCAACAUGGACAGCGAAACUCCAGUCUGAGAUAGACGUUGUUAAUCACUCGACAUAUCGAGACUUGGCUCAUAUGCCACUUCUCAGCGCCACCAUCGACGAAACACUUCGUUUACAUCCGCCAUUGCCGUCAGGUAUGCAGAGAGUCACACCUCCACAGGGAAUUAGGUUAGAUGAUGUCUAUAUUCCCGGUGACUGUAUCGUGCAGAUGCCUUUGCACACGCUCUUUAGAGACGAACGCUGCUUUGCUCAGCCAACGAAGUUUAUUCCGGAGCGCUGGACCACUCAGCCGGAACUCGUCAAGGAUAGAUCUGCGUACAUUCCGUUUGGGAGUGGGUCGUUUGCAUGUGUCGGAAAACAGCUUGCUCUGAUGGAGAUGCGACGUGUUACCGUAGACUUGCUAUCGCGAUACGAUGUGACUUUGGCAAAGGAACAGACGCAUGAGGAUUUUCAGGAGGGUCAUCAGGACGUUUUCACACUCGUCCACGGUCGAGGCUUGCAGCUUGUAUUUACUGAGCGGAAGAGCCGAAAUCUCUAG